GCUUUUUUUGGAGACAGGGUCCCACUAAACUACUAGAUUACCCAGGCUGGGCUUGAAUUUACAGCCUUCCUGUCUGCUUCUCAGAGUGCCAAGAUUACAGACCUGUAAAAACCCUUGUAUAUUAGAAAGACGAACUUCUGUCUGUGUUCUGUGUUGGGAGUAUUUUGCCAGGCUGCCAUCUGUCUUUUGACCUUGCUGUUUGUUUGUUUGCUUGCUUGUUAGUUUUUGAGACAAGAGCUCCCUGUGUUCAGGCUGGCCACAAACUUGCAGUCUUCCUGCCUAAGCUUCCCAUGUAGCUGGGAUUACAGGUGGUGCCACUGUGCCCAACUGCUGUUGGUAUUUUUGGCAGAGAGUGUUUCGAAUUUUUGAUUAUUUGCUUCUGUGAAUUUUUACAUUGAUGGUAUUAUGUCAGAAUUCUAUUUUCUGGCCCCUAGAUUUAUGAACUUAGGAAAACCUUCUCACUUGCAAGUUAGUUAUAAGGGAAUUUGUCUGUUUUCUGCUAAUUAAAGUCAGCUUAUUCACAUAAUAAGAGAGAGGACAAAAAAGAAAGGAGAACUGGGCCCACAGUGCAGCCCUCUGUUGGUGAGGACCUUGCACAUCUGACCUGGUGUUCUUUUCCACCCCACCCCAGGCUGACCUGAGGAGACAGCAGCCCCGCCAUGGCCUUGCUGGUCCACCUGCUGGUCUGUGUCUUCGGGAUGGGCUCCUGGGUGGCCAUCAACGGGCUGUGGGUGGAGCUGCCCCUGCUGGUGACAGAGCUGCCCGAGGGCUGGUACCUGCCCUCCUACCUCACGGUGGUCAUCCAGCUGGCCAACAUCGGGCCCCUGCUGGUCACCCUCCUGCAUCGCUUCCGGCCUGGCUGCCUCUCAGAGGUCCCCAUCAUCUUCAUCAUCCUGACCGUGGGCAUCAUCGCCUGCAUCCUCUUCGCCUUCCUCUGGAACAUGACCUCCAGGGUGCUGAAUGGCCACCACAGCGUUGCCUUCAUCAUCCUCACCUUCUUCCUGGCGCUGGUGGACUGUACCUCCUCCGUCACCUUCCUGCCCUUCAUGAGCCGGCUGCCCUCCUACUACCUCACCACUUAUUUCGUGGGUGAAGGCUUCAGCGGCCUCCUGCCUGCCCUGGUAGCUCUGGCCCAGGGCUCAGGUAUCACCACCUGUGUCAAUGUCACAGACUCAGUGGAUGCCACCUCAAGCCCCGUGACCACCAGUGAGACACAGGGACCCGGCCGCCCCACGGUGUGGACCCCUGCCAGCCACCUGGAGAGCCGCUACCUCCCCGCACGCUUUUCACCUCUGGUCUUCUUCCUGCUGCUGGCUGGCAUGAUGGGCUUCUGCCUGCUUGCCUUUUUCCUGCUCCAGCGUCAGUCCAGGGCCCAGCAAGGUUCCAUUGAGGAUCUUCUCCAGUCCCAGGUCACCCUCCACUCCAUCAGGCCACAACAGGAGAGAGACGCAGGCCCCCUGGACCCGGCAGAGAACAACAAGGGCAAGGGGCACCUGGAGGAGAAAGCAGCCACCCUGCGCCCUGUGCAGCUGGCUUUCAUCUACACAUUGGUGGCCUUCGUGAAUGCACUCACCAACGGUGUGCUGCCCUCUGUGCAGACCUACUCCUGCCUGUCCUAUGGGCCCAUCACCUACCACCUGUCUGCCACCCUCAGCUCCGUGGCCAGCCCAUUGGCCUGCUUCCUCUCCAUAUUCCUGCCUAGCAGCUUCCUGGCUGUGGCUGGGGUUGCUGCGGGAGGAAAUGGCCCCAGAUCAAAUGCCAGGUCUCUGCCGUUCCUGGGGGUCAUCACCGUGCUGGGGACCGGCUUUGGGGCCUACAACAUGGCCAUGGCUGUGAUGAGCCCCUGCCCCCUCCUGCAGGGCCACCUGGGGGGAGAAGUCCUCAUUGUGAUCUCGUGGGUGCUGUUCACUGCCUGUCUCAGCUACAUCAAGGUCAUGCUGGGCGUGAUCCUGCGAGACCAGAGCCGCAGCGCCCUCGUGUGGUGCGGGGCGGCGGUGCAGCUGGGCUCGCUGAUCGGGGCGCUGCUCAUGUUCCCGCUGGUCAACGUGCUGAGGCUAUUCGUGUCCGCCGACUUCUGCAGCCUGGAUUGCUCUGCCUAGGCCGGCCCCAUCGCUGACUCCUGGAAGCCAGGACCCGGACAGGAGAGGGGGUGGCCAAGGUCACAGAGCCCGUGGUGGGGUUCGGCAGAGGUUAAGGACCAUGUACCCCCGCCUCUGACAAUGAGCCCCACCAGGCUGACUGCAGGCUUGGAAGCAGUUCUCAGCCCCAGGAGGGAAAUGUGAUUGUUAUUUUGUUUUGCUUA